AUUCAGUAAAGACAAAAUAAAUUUGAGUCUUUCCCAGUCUUCAUCGCAGUCUGUUCAUCUGAGUGGCAAAGCCUUUGUUCAUUGUACAAAAAAGUCAAUAUAUGUUCAUUUGUGCAACACUAAAGUUUUGAUUACACCUUCAACAUUUUUUACUCAGACAAUUCAUAACUGGGCUUACAGUGUGUUUGUAGAAAUAUAAACAUUACAAUACUUUGCAUUCUGCAGGAAAUCUGGCCUACUGCCAAUGGCCGUACCCUGGCUAGUAGACUGUCCCAACCCCCCUAAAUCUCAAGACACAGUUCGUCCACCACCCCGAAAACGGGUCGCACUUGAAAUUGAGACAACAGACUCAGAGAUCCUGGAUAGCACUGAUGUACUGGCCAGUGUCAGCAAUGACAACACAGUGGAAAAACUGAAAAGAAAAAUUGGCUGCUACAAAUCAAAGCUGUCAAGGCUAAAGAAAAAGACACCAUCUAUCAGCAAACAAACAUUAAAGAGGGAAAUUUCCAAAGUAUUGCCAAAACAAGCCGCACAAUUUGUCAACGAGCAAAUUGAUAAUGCCAAAAAAAAACCAAGGGCCAUUCGGUGGAGCAACUUCAUGAAAAGUUGGGCGUUACAGGUUAAGGGUACAGGGCCAAAAGCCUACCGAACCAUGAGGAGAAUUUUCAAGCUCCCUACAGCCAGGACCCUUUCAAAUAUCUUGCAGAGAGUAGACAUCGGGCCGGGAUGGCAUGAACCUGUGCUGUAUGCACUUAAACAUCAAGUGCAGCAUAUGGAAGAGCGAGAUAGGCACGUUGCCAUCACAUUUGAUGAAAUUACAUUGAAAUGUAGCCUAAAUUAUAACAUCUCGAAAGAUGAAGUAGAAGGGUAUGACGAAGGGGGAAGACCAGCCAACCAUGCAGGGGUUUUCAUGAUCCGUAGUCUAACUGGGAAAUGGAAACAACCCAUAGGGUACUUCUUGUCAUCUGGGACCAUGAAGCAUGGGGUCUUAAAAACCAAAAUCAUGGAGGCGGUGGAAAAGGUGCUUGACACUGGCUUCACUCCCAUGGUGCUGGUAAUGGACCAAGGCAGCAACAACCUGGCAGCCUGUAGAAACCUGGGUAUAACAGAAGAAAAACCGUACUUCUUUGUCAAAAGCCAGAAGAUUCAUUUUUUAUUCGACCCCCCCCAUUUAAUGAAAAACAUCAGAAACAAUUUGCGAAAAUAUGGAUUUUACAUAGGGGACAAAUUGGCAGAAUGGGGAGACAUCACUGAAAUGUUUAAAAUUGAUUCACAAAGACAACACCGAAUGGCACCCAAGUUAACCCAACGGCAUCUGUCCCUCACUGCCUUUUCAACAAUGAGUGUGCCUCUCGCCACUCAGGUAAGCCACAAGUGAAAACUGUCAUGCAGGCGUAUAACAUUCAAUUUACAAUCUUUAUCUAUGGUCCUGAAAAUGGGAUUUUUUUUAUUUUUUUAUUACAGGUUCUUAGUCAUUCUGUUGCGGCUGCACUGCUCACCAUGGCAGACAUGGGGAAGCUAAGAGAGGGGGCAAAAACGACGGCAGAUUUUGUAGCCCACUUUAACCAGAUGUUUGACUGCU